AUGGAGAUUGACGGACUUCAAGUCAAUCCGAUCAAGCAUCGUCGAGUCAGCGCGACCUUCUGCAAUGUCAGCCUGACUUACACCCACCCCGGCUGGGAUGAUUCGAUCAACAUCAAGGUGUGGCUGCCUCUCUCGGGUUGGAACAAGCGCCUGCAGGGCAUCGGCGGCGAUGAUUUCGCGGGAACCCGCGGUGACGGUGCUACGGCCUUGGCAGUGGCAGGGGGAUAUGCAGCAGUCAGCUCCGACUUGGGGCAUAAUGCAUUCGCCCUGUCGGCACGAGAAUGGGCGCUCGAUGACGAGUCGGGGCAUGUGAACGUGGCCCGGCUGCUGGAUUUCUCCUCCGUUGCUUUGUCCGAGAUGGCUAUUCUGGGGAAGGAUAUUGUCCAACAAUUCUACGGUGAGGUGCCGAGGUGUUCCUACUGGAACGGAUGCGCUGGGGGCGGUCGCCAGGGGAUGAUGCUCGCGCAGAGGUUUCCCGAUGCUUUUGACGGAAUUCUAGCUGGCUCUCCAUCUCUCAGCUGGGCGCAUUCUAUGCCUGCGAGCUAUUGGUCCAACUUCGCGAUGCGUGUGCUGAACACCUAUCCAUCCCCCUGUGUGAUGAACGCUAUUGCUGCGGAGGUCAUUAAAGCCUGCGACGACCGCGAUGGAGUCGUCGAUGGAAUCAUUACCGAGCCAAAGCUUUGUGACUUCAAUGUGCUUUUCCUGGUCGGCAAGCAUGUUGAUUGCGGUGACGGAGUCGACGUUGAGAUUACGCUUGACGUGGUCACCUUGGCCCAGAAGAUGUGGCAAGGCAUGCGCGAUCAGUAUGGUGUGCCUUUAUGGCAUGGCUUUUCACGGGGCUCGUUAUGGCAUGGCACCGAGUGCUCCUCAUCAGAAGCGCGCGUCAUGAUUGACUGGCUGUCGCUGUUCCUCGCGCAGGAUCCAGAUCUAGAUUCAUAUCAGUUGAAGGUGACAUAUCCAGAGUUCAUAGGCUUAUUUCGUCUCUCGGUGGCCGGGUUUCAGUCCAUAAUCAGCGCCGACUCUCCUGACCUCCACGAGUUCAAGAAACACGGUGGUAAGAUCAUUCACUGGCAUGGGCUGAACGACGAAAAAAUAGCCCCGGGUGGGUCCAAGGCCUACUAUGCAGCUGUGGCAGAGCGUGAUCCUGCGGCCAUGGACUUUUAUCGGUAUUUCGAGGCUCCGGGGGUCGGUCACUGUGGCUCGGGCCCGGGCCCUGCUCCUUCGGCCUUGAUGGCUGCAUUGACAACAUGGGUGGAAAUGGGAAUCGCCCCGGAUAGUCUUCCGGCUGUAUCAGAAGAUGGGAGUCUCUCGAGGAUUGUGUGUCCAUACCCAUUGGUAGUCACCUACCUGGGAGGAGAUCCGGAUAAGCCCGAGGCUUUUGGCUGUUGGGGAUCAAUGGGAGUACCGAGUGGUGAGACGAGCUGGCCUUUGUAUGGUGAAUUGAGUUGGUACGAUGUUGAGACAGUCGUUUGGGAAUAG